CAGUGUUUCAAUUUAAUAGCAACGAGAUUUAAAAACUUCGAAAAAAAAAUUCCUCAAGAACCUUGACGAUUAUGCAGUGGUGAAGGAAUAACUAUAUUCACUAUAAAUACUUUGGAUGAGGACAUAAGUUCCCAGUUUGUACUUUGAUCGUGAGAUUUUGUUUUGAAUCCUACGAUGUUGUUUAUAUUUUCACUAGCCUUAAGCAUAGUUCCUACUUUUGCUGGUAUAGCUGGUUAUGGUGGGUAUGGAAGUCACGCUACAGGAGUCAGUUACUCAGCUCCAGCAGUAUCAUAUUCCCCUAGUGGUCAUGCGGGUUAUGGUGUAGGUCAUGGAUUAAAUCAUGCAGGUCCAAUUCCUGUUGUUGUAGGUAAUGGACACGAAGUGGAUUAUUACGCUCAUCCAAAAUACUCCUAUAACUACGGUGUAGCUGAUGGUCUGACUGGUGAUCAUAAAUCACAAUCGGAAAUCAGAGAUGGUGGUAAUGUUAAAGGUUCUUAUUCAGUUGUGGAACCCGAUGGAUCAGUUCGAGUUGUCGACUACGCUGCUGACGAUGUCAAUGGAUUUAACGCAGUGGUUAAGAAAAUUGGUCCCUCAUUACAUGCUGCUCCGGCUCCAGUUCCAAUAGCUUCUGCUCCAAUUCCUCUUGGAUAUAGUCAUGACGGUGGUUAUGGGCAUGGAUAUGGAAACCACGGUGCACAUUAUUAGUAUUUAAUUAGAUGUUUAUAUGCUUGGGAAUAAUAAAGACAUAAAUAUUUCCAA